UAAAGAUGUCAUGUGAAUUACUUACGCUUUAAUUUAGAAGGGUUUCAUCUCAGUGUUCGGCUUUCUGCUAGUUUUCAAAUUUGCAGCUACCAUCUCCUGUUGUAUCUUUUUUUCAUUGCAUGUCCCAACUGUGGAUCGUAUUGAAUUUUUACUCCGUGAAUGUCUUACCUCUUGAUUAUGUUGUAUUCACUUGCAAUAUAUAAUCUGCCUUGGAUCUCAGUGAGAAAGGCGGGUUGUAAAUAAACAACAAUAUUCAAUUUUUCGUCGUUGCCUUCCCCCCGUCCCAAGCUUGCAGGAGAAUGGGUAGGAAUAAAGUGGUAAAAUGGACAACUAUUUUAGAAUGCAGGUGGAGCAUCUUGGAGGUUUUUGUUGGCAGAAAAAGGGCUCAGCAAGCAAAGUUGGGGGUGGGUUUGAAGCUUUCUCCCUGCCAUGGUAGUUUUCAGUUUAAAUUCAUAUAUGAAACUGGCUUAUGCUCAGUCAGACUAUUGGUCUAUCAAGGUCAGUAUUGUCUACUCUGUCAGUGGAUCUCGUAUAGGAAGUCUUUCACUUUGCCUAUUAUUAGAGCCUUUUAACUAGAGAUGCUGGGGAUUGAACUUUGGACCUUUUGCAUACAAAGCAGAUGCGCCACUAAAUUUGCAGGAAAGUGUUUGUGGUUAACAAAGGAGCAUUCAGAACUGGAAUCUCCACCUGCAGUCUGAAGUGGUGCUACCACUUCCUUCUCCAGGAUGUGUAAAUUAGGCCUUGCGCUCCCAAACAGUGGUGGAUAGGCUUCAAGCUUGAUUGAUUGCCUUGGGUGUCCACUAGGUACAAAGAGGCUCUUCACAAAGGGGGGAGCUGCUGCACCAUGGAAGCUGUACCCCUGGAUAUUGGAAUUACCUGUACAUGACCAAGUCACAUCAGUUACAAUAUAACAAAUCCAAAAAAUGCUACAUACAGACCCGGUUAAUUGGACAACCAAUUCAUACUGCUGUUUUACAGGUGACAUAAGAGGCAUAUAGAGGAGAGCAUGACACUGAAGAAAAAUGAAGUUUGCCUGUCUUUCCUUCCGACAGCCAUAUGCUGGCUUAGUUUUAAAUAAAGUCAAAACAAUAGAGACCCGUUGGCGACCACUGCUAGCUGAGUACAAGGCCUGCACUCUUGCUGUCCACAUUGCUUUUAAAGACUGGGAUGACACAACCUGGAAAGACAUCCUUGGGAAUAGACUUGGCAUGACGCCACCUCAGAUUGAAGAAUUACUAUAUAAGGGUGAAAAGUUUGGCAGAGGCGUAAUAGCUGGGCUAAUUGACAUUGGAGAAACAUCACACUGCCCAGAAAAUAUACCUCCUGAAGAUCUUGUGGACCUGGAAAAUAAAGCCAUACUCUUGGGCUUGAAGCAGAAGUACUUGACAGUUAUUUCAAACCCCAGGUGGCUGCUGGAACCAAUUCCUACCCGAGGGCGCAAAGAUGUCUGGAAAGUAGACAUCCCAGAUGAACUCAUUCCUUCUGAGGAACACAGUGGAAGGUGUACUGAUGACAAUUUGACUCUAUGUCGCUGACUCACUUGCAGUCCUUUUGAGAACUAUAAUAAUUCAUUUGCUGUUCCUAACACCUGGAUAUAUGAAUAAGCUGAAGACUGUGGAACAGGUGGUUGAAAUGGAGAAGUAAUUUUUGGUACUACAAACAUAAAGCAGUGGUGGCAGCCAUUAGUGCAUGGACAAUUUGAUUAAGCUUCUCAUAUUGGAUAUAAUUGUGAAUAAUUGUGCAUAUGAUGUAUGGAGUAUAUCGGAGUAAACAAAUUGAUACUCAGUUGAUUCUUUGUUUUUCUCUGAAGGCUUGUCAUUGUGCUUCUGCAGGGUGCUCGAGCCACAGGGUGUUUGAGUCGCUAACAGGUGAUUCUUCCCAACUAGAGAAGUUUCUUGUUAUGAUUUCAGGUGCACAUACUAUAAAAAUUGCAAAGAGCUGGGCUCAAGUUCCUUGGAUAGGAACGUCAUAGUUAGACUGUUCUGUGCCUUCAGAAGCAAAGCGGAAGGAAGAAAUUUAGCAAUUGAUGUUUUUCCUGCUGUACAUUAGUAGUGAUGGGAAACCUGUACCUAUAUUCUGGCCAAGAAUGUUUUUAGGAGUCUUUUUAAACUGCAGCAUGGUACCUCUUCGUUAAAUAAUGAGCAUGUUGUUUACCAGAAUUUUUCCUGUGAGAAAACAUCAGUGACCAUGGGUAUCUCACUUUCUGAAGAGGCGGUUCUGCAACUGCCGUUCAGUUGACCUAUCCAGCUCUGUCAUCCUUAUGCUUAAUUGAUCCUGAAAAAAUUCUCUCCAUGUAGUGAGAUUAUGAAAAUAAGCAGACUGCAUGAAGCAAAAAGGUAUAAUUGAAAUUAUUUGGUAUACAUGGGUCAAAAAAAGCUUCUAAAGAAAGAAAUUUGACUAAGCAAAAAAACUCCCCUUCUCAUUCAAGUUAGAUGUUUCUGGUAUUAACAAUGCAGACACUAAAAUACAUGGUACAAUGUACUUUGCAAGAGGGUUCGAGACAUUUCUGCCGGUUGUCAAGAAAUCAUUGAUUUUCUACUCAUUUCUCUGAAGUCUCACUUGAGGGAAUGGUUGACUGGUUUUGUCUCCAGAAGUGAACACCCUUGGAUAUGCAAUGACUUAAGGUGGCCCUUCAGUCUGUGACUUGACCUAGCCUUCUCUAGGCACUUUUCAAGCAUGGAUUUGUCUAUUUCCCUUGGCAAAUCUUUUUCAGUACUCCACCACUUGCCUUGGCAGCCAGGUUUUGUCCCACUUCAUAUAUAUUAUUGGCGUAAAAUAUUAAUAGGGGUAUUUCCCUGUCACUGCUAAACUUUGGUUCCCCAAGUCCAUGGGAGUAACUCCACAGUUCUAUUUCUACAUGCAGAUGACACCCAACUCCGUAUCUCACUAUCCAGGUCCCCACAGGAUGCAGUGGAAAUCUGAGAUUGCUGUCUAACAGCCGUGGUGAAAUGGUUGAAAAACAACAAAUUGAAAUUGAACCCAGUCAAGACUGAAGUGAUGCUUGUUGGGAAGGCAGAGAUCUUGAAGGACAUUGUACUCCCCACUUUCGAUGGAGUUCAUCUGACCCUUGCAGACUCAGUUAAGAGCCUAGGGGCUAUACUGGAUCCAGCGUUAUUACUAGAAAAACAAGGCAGCAGCAAAAAAUGCUUUCUUCAACCUCACUCUAGCCUGGAAGAUGGCUCCUUAUCUUGACACUGCUAACCUGGCCACUUGGAUCCAUGCUAUGGUAACAUCAAGGCUUGACUAUUGUAAUGCUCUAUACAUUGGCCUCCCAUCUAACUUAACUAGGAGGCUGCAAUUAGUGCAAAAUGUAGCAGCUCGAUAGUUAUCAGGAGUGAGCAGGAGCAUGAACAUCACUCCCAUCCUACAGUCACUCCACUAGCUACCCAUCAUUUACCGUGCUCAGUUCAAGGUAUUAGUUAUUACAUACGAAGUUCUUAAUGGCUUUGGCCCAGCAAACCUACAGAACCGCCUCCCUCCCUAUGUUCCUCCAUGGCAGCUUUGCUCAUCUGAACAGGGUCUCCUGCAGGUGCCAGGCUGCACACGGGUGAAGUCAGCAGCAGCCCGUACAAGGGCUUUCUCUGUGGUGGCCCCUAUCCUGUGGAAUGACCUGCCUGAGGAAGUCAGAAGAGCCCCCACUCUCCUGGCUUUGUGUAUACGAUGCAAAAGGCUUUUGACUCAAAUCGGAGGGUUGUAUUGUAGGGAUGGGGUCUUGGAUGCUUCACUAACGAGUUGGGGAUCAUAGACUUCAUCACUAUUUUUGUCAUAUAUUAUCUGCUGCUUUAAAUAUGUACUCCUAUGUACAACUAGAGCUCCAUGUUGUCUGUUAGUCCUAGAAUUAUGUUUUGCUCCAGUAUUUUUUCUGCUCUGUCUUGGAUCCUUGCUAAUGCUAUGUAUGCCUUUUAAACUUGUAUCUGUUUACCUUAUGGUAUUGUAUUGAAAUGUACUUGAUACUGAUUGUAUUAACCUCAUACUGUGCAAUCCGCCUUGAGCCUCAGUGAGAAAGGCAGACUAUAAAU